AAACAAAAACAACGAAACAGAUUUUCGAUUUCAGGAAGAUUUUUCAUUAAACACACACAAAAAUGGGUAAAAGACAGCAUCAAAAGGAUAAAAUGUACCUCACAAGUACAGAAUGGAGGGAAACGUAUGGCGGAAAGAAAGUUGAAAGUUCCGAAAAUGAGUACAUCAAGUUCAAACGUUUGCCCUUCGAUCAUUGUUCAAUUACGAUGGCUCCUUUUGAACAUCCUUAUUGCGAUGAUGAUGGAAAUUGCUUCGAUUUGCAAGCAAUUCACGAUUUCUUGAAACAAUUCAAAGUCAAUCCAAUUACCGGCAAACCUCUCGAUGCAAAAUCUUUGAUUAAAUUGAACUUUUACAAAAACAAUGAAGGAGAAUAUCAUUGUCCUGCACUUUUCAAGCCAUUCACGAAAAAUUCUCACAUUGUAGCUAAUCGAGUAACGGGAAACGUGUUUUCAUACGAAGCCAUUGAGCAAUUGAACAUCAAAGCGAAGAAUUGGAAGGAUUUGGUUGACGAUACGCCGUUUACACGCAAAGAUUUGAUCACGAUUCAGGAUCAGAGUAAUUUGGAAAAAUUUAAUAUUACGACGUUUUAUCACAUUAAGAAAAAGUUGAAGGUUGAAACGGAAGCUGAGAUGUUAGAGAGACUUGCGGGAGCUCAAGGACGAUUAAAAAAAGUGUCGAACGAGACAAAAGAUAUUUUAAAUCAAUUGGAAAAGGAUUACAAAGCUCCCGAAGAGAAAAUUGUCGAAAAGAAAACUGCGGACAAAUUCAAUGCGGCGCAUUAUUCAACAGGACAAGUAGCUGCAAGUUUCACAAGUACAGCGAUGGUUCCUGUUUAUGAACACGAAGCUGCAAUAAUUGACGAAGAUCUUGUUCGAUACGAAAGAGUAAAGAAAAAGGGCUAUGUACGAGUCAUUACGAAUUUAGGACCUUUGAAUUUCGAAUUGCAUUGUGACUUGACACCAAAAGCAUGUGAAAAUUUCAUUAAACACUGCGCGAACGGAUAUUAUAAUGGCACAAAAUUCCAUCGAUCGAUAAGGAAUUUUAUGAUACAAGGAGGAGAUCCUACGGGAUCAGGACUUGGCGGAGAAUCAAUUUGGGGCAAAAAAUUCGACGAUGAAUUUCAACCGAAUUUAUCACAUUCAGGUCGAGGUAUUCUCGCAAUGGCAAAUUCAGGCCCGAGCACGAAUGGAAGUCAAUUUUACAUCACUUUUCGAUCAUGCAAACAUUUGGAUGGUAAACACACGAUAUUCGGAAAACUCGUUGGAGGCAAUGAAGUUCUUACAGAAAUGGAAAGAAUUGAAGUUGAUAACAAAGAUAAGCCAAUUUAUGAUAUCGUGAUUGAAAAAUGUCAAGUAUUCGUUGAUCCCUUUCAAGAAGCUGAUGAGCAAUUAGCAAAAGAACGUGCUGAAGAAGCAAGUAAAGUAGCUGUUGAAGCUACUGUCAAACAAAAAGCGAAACAAAAAGCACAACCUUUGACAGUUUUCAGAUCAGGAGUUGGAAAAUAUUUGAAUAAGGAAAUUGUGAAAGCAGCUGCAAGCACAUCAGCUGAAGAAACGCCUCCCGCGAAGAAAGCGAAAACGGAAAAAGUUUUAGGGAAAUUUGGAGACUUCAAAGGAUGGUAGAUUUAAGAACUAAAAAUAAACUUUUUUUUUUAAUUAA